AUGGUGUUUAAGACGCGGUAUGGUCACUAUGAGUAUUUGGUGAUACUGUUUGGAGUGACCAAUGCGCCUGUUACUCAAGAAGAGCAUGCCGAGCACUUGAGGAUUGUAUUGCAAAUUCUUAAGGAGAGACAACUGUAUGCUAAAUUUUCUAAGUGUGAGUUUUGGCUGUCUCAUAUUCAGCUUUUGGGACAUGUAAUGUCGAAGGAAGGAAUUAUGGUAGACCCUACAAAGGUGGAAGUUGUAGCUGGAUUGCUGAGGCCAAAGAGUGUGAUGGAGAUCUGCAGUUUUCUAGGACUAGCAGACUAUUAUAGAAAAUUCAUUGAAAGAUUUUUUAAGAUAGCUUUACCCUUAACGAAGUUGACCCGCAAGGGAAAGGAGUUUAAAUGGACCAAAGGGCGUGAAACUAGUUUCCUGGAGUUUAAAGUAAAGUUGACCUGA